AUGCAGAAGUGUGUGCCAAUCAUGAAUGCUUGUGAGCCUGAAGAAGAGUGCUUUUGUGUUCAGAAUCAAAUUUGUGUCAUUCAGAGGGUGAAAGCCAAGGAUCGGAAUCAGUCCGAAAGCGAUUUCUCGUUGUACGGAAUCCCGAAAUGGACGGGUUUACCGAAAGAAAAUUUCGAUCCACCAACAAAUCGAUUGACGAAUCAAUUUUCUCAAAAUCCAGUUAGAAAUGGUUUCUUU